AUGACUUAUCCUAAGAUUCGUGAUAAGCAUGAUGCAGCCAAUUCCAGUCAUGAGCCUCUUGUCACGGAGCCGGAUUCUGAGCCGACUCCGGCAGAGACUGCCACCUUUGAGGAAAUCAAAGAAGCAGGCCUGCCGCCUCCACUUCUUCCUUGGGCAAAUAUUUAUGAAGAGGAAGAUAUCGAGCUAUACCAUUCUAUCCAAGUCGCGCAAACUCUGUUGAUCGAUGAAUACGAGGCAGGCUUAAAAUGUCGAUCGAAACCUGGCCUGCCCUUGACGAGUGAAGUGCAGUCUACUAAACCUGACGCCUCCACAUCGGGCAUGCAGAUCUUCGUGAGAGGGCUCGGCGGCAAAAUCUUGACGCUUUUGGUCGAUCCCUUGGACCGGGUUGACACAGUCAAGAAAAAACUCAACGGGGUGGGCAUUGCUCAGCAUUGCCUCGGCUUAACUUUUGCUGACUAUAAUAUUCAGAAACACAGCACAAUUCACUGGAUCUUGAGGGAGGGGGGCAGGCCUUUAUUUUCCUCUCGCGAGUAUGUCGAGAGCUCGGGUAUGCUGAUUGGAGACAGCAUGACCAUUUUCGUGAAUUACUAUCGUACUGGGAAGAUCUUGACAUUGAAAGUCAAAAAUAAUGACACGGUCAGGCAAAUCAAGCAGCAGAUCCAUGAUCAGGAAUCUGUAACUGUGGCUCAACAGCAUCUAGCAUUUGCAGGGGCGCUCUUAGAAGACGACGUGAAGAUCUAUGAAUACGGUAUACGGGAAGGAAUAACCGUUUUCAUGCUAUUGAGGUUAAGCAAGAAUUAUUUCACCUGGACUUGCCGUGCCCCAAUUGUACGCAUGGUCGGUGUCAGCAUUGCGAGACUGCACGUGCGAGACCUCGGGAAAGGCCAGCAUCAAGAAGAAGUUGAGUCUACAUAUAAGGUCUAA